AUGGCCGCCCGCGACCCUCGUCCACCUCAUCUCAACCUCCAUCACCCACCGGAAGCCCCCGAGGACCCUCCAUGUUCUUCUGAGACUCCUAACGCUUCAUCUGAUGUACUCCGGGGCCGUUCGCCCAUCCGCAAUUCCCACCGCCCUGCAGCCUCCCCUUCGCCCUCGCCUGGACAUAGCAGAUCGCAGACCUUGCCCGUGGUAACGCCUACCUUCAACACCACCAAGGCAAUCAAGCGAAAGCCUCUCUCCUCCACCGCCUCCCAGUUGGCCGCCAGCUACGGCUCCGGCCCGACAACUCCCUCUAUUCUGUCGCCUUCCGACUUUGCUGCACCCGACACGCGCUUCUCGAGGUCCUACUCUGUCGACAGCCCGACUCUCUACGAGUACCCCGAGAACAGCGUCCGCCCUCUGUUCGCGCCACCAGCUGCGCAUCAGAAAAACAACUCCCAACCCACGCCCGCGGGUGCCGUGCACGACGCGGCCUCUUCCUCACGAAACAGACCAAGCACCAACCUGGUCUUCCCUCAAACAGGACCUUCAGACGGCCUGUUGGAAUCUGCCUGCUGGCCUGCCGACGUCACCCCAACCUUCUCCCCUAGGUUACCGAAACCGCCACCUGAGCCCAUCAUUGAGGAGGACACAGACUCUGACUCCGACUCGACUUACAGUCACAACACUAAUGAGAACUCUAUCAUGUCCAUACCCACCUCCAAACCUACUCCUCCUCAUCUGAACCUCAACGGCCAUCGAGACGAAUCACCUCAAACCACCACUACCGUAUUGGAAGCCAGUCAGGCCGUUUCGCCGAGUACAUCAACACAAACGCCCUCCCUCGAUAAGCCUCUGCCUAAGUCACCGGGCUCUUCCAAGAUAGCCAACUUCUUCUCCUGGGGAUCUUCGCCGUCGCCUUCGACGACAGAGUUCUCCUCUCUCUCUUCACCCCUAGGAUCACCACGACGCAUCACGCUGACAGAUGACACCCCUCUCACGACCGGAGUACCGUCAUUGCAGCCGGAACCGAGAAAAGGGAAUGCUACACCUACAAACGCUCUUGGAUAUUGCGAAUCAAACCUGUACACGCCACCGCCUUCCUCCCUAGCCCCAUCACUCCAAAUCGAAGAGAUGGAGGACGAGCUCAAGGCCAUCAGCUCCGAGCUGGCCUCGUCCAUUCGUCGUGAAAUGGACCUGGAGGACCUUGUCGACAGACUACAGUCCGAGAUCAACAACCCCCAAGCGUCCGGCAGGAGAACCAGUGACUACUUUUCCGACUCGGGCUACAGCUCUACCAAGUUCAGCGAGUACGACCAGAACAAAGAAGAGAUUGAGAAGAUUCAGCGCCGUGCCGAGCAAGAGAAGGCCUCCAUGCGCCUGGAGUUGACCAACAAGCUCCAAGAGGAACGAUCACGGAGAGCUGAGCUUGAUCAGCAAAUCAGGGAGCUGGCUGAGAAAGCUUCCCAAGUCGACGUGGCGCAGAUCAAUAGUGACGACGCCAACAGCCGCCUCCGAGACCUAGAACAUACUUGCGAAGAUCUACGACGGAGGCUGGGCGAGGAAGUCCAGGUCAGGUCCAAUUUCGAAGACCUGCUGUCCGUCCUCAAGGUCGAGCUCCAAAGCGCUACCAAUGAGCGCGACAACCUCCGCGAUGAAAUCGUGCCGCAACUCAAGGCAAAGCUUGAUGGGCUCGAGGCCGAGGCUUCCGAGUACGUCAACCUCACUUACGAGUCGUCCAAGAUGCAGCAGGAGUUGGAAGUCCUCAGGCAAGAAAACCAAGCGCUCAAGGCUUCAGGACAACAGCCUCAGCCAGAGACCCGUCCCCGAAGCUCCACUUCCCGUCUCGCUCGAUCCAGCUCCGUCACCGCUGCGCCCUUUGUCCUGCAGAAGGCUCCCACAGGGCUCGGGCUGACCAGGUCUAACACUGUCAAGUCUGGCGUGACUGAGUCGCGUGAGCAAUUGUCGGAGCGCCUAAAGGAUGUCGAGGCACAGAGAGAUGCCCUGCAUAAUGCGUUGAAGAGCCUGCUCGAGAGGCAGGAGUUCCAAAACCGAGAGAACGAGAAGAAGAUCACGGCUCUAGAGGUGGAGCGUGAGCGGCUGAUGUCGGCCUCCCCGCGCAAGGCCGGCUUCGAAAGAGAAAUAUCCAGCUUGCGUGUGGAGAUCAAUGUGCUCCGUCGACGCGCCGAUGAGGCGGCCGAACAGAAGUGGCAGGUGGAGAAGGGUCUUGCCGGUCUUAAGAUGGACCUCGACCGUGCCGAGGGAGAAGUCGCCGCCCUUCGUGAUCUGCUGAAGGAGAAGGAUAUCCUCAUUCCCCCGUCAAUGGCACGAUCGAGUACGUACGAGCCAGCCUCAACAGUGCCCGUCACUUCAGAAUCCCUCGAAGGCGCCUUCAAGGAUCUCCAACUUGCUUACAAAGACUCUCUGCUCAAGAUCAAGGAGUUGGAAAGUCGCGGUGCCGUACUUACCGGAGAUGAGGCCACUCAGCUGGCCCUCCAGCGGCUUGAGCAAUCUCUCACGACUGCCGUCUAUGAACGUGAUGCAGCGAGAGAGGAGGCUUCGGCUUACAAGGACCAACUGGAAAGUCUUGCCGGCAGUGAGGUCGCUCACCUGGAAAGCGAGCGUGCGCUUGCCGACGAACUCCGCAUUUCUGCCCAGCGCGUCGAGGAACUCGCCUCGCAGGUUCAGAAACAGCUCUCCGUGAACUCGGAACUUCGCCAACGUCUCGCGGACGCCAUUGCUCGCGGGGACGCCGACCGCAAAGCAAACGCCGACCGCAUCACUCGGUUGCAGAGCCGCCUCAAGCACCUGGAAGAGCAGCUUCAAUCUGCCCAGAUCGCCUCCGAGGAGCGUGUCGCUCGGCACGAGGAGCAGCUGAGGGAGCUGAAGGACGCCCAGAGCGCUCAACUCGUUCGGAUGAGCCCGUCCCCCAUCGGCGGCAGCUUCCGCUCUCCGCGCAAGCCCAGUUUAAGCCCCAUGCCCUCACCCAUGUUCCCUCGAUCGCCGCGCUCCAUGCCGAAGCAGUCUGUUGAGGACGACAUCCAGAUCGACAUGUUGCGCGCUAAAGUCGUCGAGCUGGAGACGGCGCUCACGAACGCCGACUCGGAAAUGCAGGACGUCGUUGCCCGCAUGAGUACGGCGCAAAUCGAAGUCUUGACCUUGCAGGAGGAGCGUGAGGCCGCAAGGCGGGAGACCAGACGUCUCCAGCAGGAGCUGGAGAAUGAGAGAAUGAAGUCCUUCGAGGAUCGCUUCAAGUCGCUUGGCGGCACUAAUCAGUGA